UGCACAAUUUGGUAAAAUAUGUUGUCCGCGCAAUUCCUUCAAAACAAAUCAACUUAAACAUCAUUUGCCUUCAUAUUUAUCCCACAUCAACACAUUUUGACGAACAACUCUGUGUGUCAACAUGAAGUUCACGUUUCUGCAGCCUUCAUGGUAUUUAUACCCUUAAAAUGGGGUUCAUGAACUGAAAUGCACACUUUGGUAAAAUACGUGUUCCCGGCAAUUCCUUUAAUCCAAAUCACUUUAAACAUCAUUUGCCUUCAUAUUUGUCACAUUUCAAGUCAUUUUUAAGAAGACAUUUGUGUGUGAACAUGAAGUUCAUGUCACUGCAGCCUUCAAUGAUUUUUAUGUGCUGAAAAUGCUGUUCUGGAGCUGAAAUGCACACUUUGGUAAAAUAUAUUGUCCCUGCAAUUCCAUCAGACCAGAUCAACUUGAACAUCAUUUGCCUCCAUACUUAUGACAUUUCAAGUCAUUCUGAAGAAGAAAUUUGUGUGUCAACAUGAAGUUCACGUCACUGCAGCCUUCAUGAUUUUUAUGCGCUUAAAAUGCUGUUCUUGAACUGAAAUGCACACUUUGGUAAAAAUAUGUUGUCCCCGCAAUUCCUUUAAAUUAAACCAACUGAAACAUCAUUUGCCUUCAUCUGUAUCACAUUUCAAGCCAUCCUGAAAAAGAAAUUUGUUUGAGAAGAUGAAGUUCUCGUUACUGCAGACUUCAUGACUUUUAUACCCUUCAAAUGCUGUUCCUGAGCUCAAAUGCACAAUUUGGUAAAAUAUGUUGUCCGCGCAAUUCCUUCAAAACAAAUCAAUUUAAACAUCAUUUGCCUUCAUAUUUAUCACAUUUCAAAGUCAUUCUGAGAAUGACAUUUGUUUGAAAACAUGCAGUACGUCAUUGCAGCCAUCAUGACUUUUAUGUGCUUGAAAUGCUGUUCCUGAGCUCAAAUGCACAUUUUGGAAAAAUAUGUUGUCCCCGCACUUCCUUUAAAUUAAACCAACUCAAACAUCAUUUGCCUUCAUAUUUAUCACAUUUCAAGUUUUUCUGAAGAAGACAUUUGUUUGAAAACAUGAAGUACAUGUCACUGUAGCCGUCAUGAUUUUUAUGCGCUUAAAAUGGUGUUCCUGAGCUGAAAUGCACAUUUAGGUAAAAUAUGUUGUCCCCGCAAUUCCUUCAACCCAAAUCAACUGAAACAUCAUUUGCCUUCAUAUUUAUCACAUUUCAAGUCAUUCUGAAGAAGAAAUUUGUUUGAGAACAUGAAGUUCACGUCACUGCAGCCUCGCUGGGGGUGUUAUCGCCCCCAGGUUUGUAGGGUACCAGACAUCCACUCCUUCAGAACGUCCAUCCAUCCAUCCAUUAUCUAUACACCGCUUAAUCCUCACUAGGGUCGCGGGGGGGCUGGAGCCUAUCCCAGCUGACUCGGGCGAAGGCAGGGGACACCCUAGACAGGUCGCCAGUCUGUCGCAGGGCUACAUACAGAGACAAACAAUCACUCUCACAUUCACACCUAUGGGCAAUUUAGAACGAUCAAUUAACCUCAGCAUAUUUUUGGACUGUGGGAGGAAGACAGAGUACCCGGAGAAAACCCACGCAUGCACAGGGAGAACAACUCCAUGCAGAAAGAUCCCGGGAAAGCCGUGACGCGAACCAGGGAUCUUCUCGCUGCAAGGCGAAGGUGCUAACCACUACGCCACUGUGCAGCCCCCUUCAGAACGUGUUUUUUUUUUAUUAUUAUUAUUUAUGACUCCCGUACACGUACAAGAGAGUGAGAGUGAGAGAGAGAGAGAAAGGGAGAGACGGGACAGAGAGAAGGAGGGGGUGGAUGAGCAGGGAGGUAGGGAAUAUAAUCAUCAUCAAAAAGCAGCCAGAGAGUCUGCCAGUAACCCAAGGAGGGAGAAACACCAACAACAAAAGAUGAAGCGGCAGGAGCACAGACAGCCAGGCUUCGGAGACGCGACGUGACACGGUCACGGGUGAGCCAUUGCAAUCAGACAGCGAUGACGACGACAGCGAUGUCGAUUGUAGCGACGACAAUGAUGUGACGAUGGCUAUGAAAGCGGCUACAACGACAGCAAUACCAAGAGCGAUGAGGAGGAACAGCAGCAGCAACAACAGAAACACAUACCGAUCCCCGACGCUGCUGCGGAGCUGCCGAUGUUCCACAAAGUGGCCUGGCUGUGUGACCGGGAGGCCGCAAGGUAAUGGUGUCGAGCUGGGACAAGCUAACAGAUUUGAUCAUGGUGAAAGGAGACCACCUUUGGCUCAAGGCCGCUGUGUACGAGAUCUUUGAGUCUCCAUUGUUGCACCCGCAGUAUUACAAAAAUUUGGUCAAACUGAACAACCUGUGCGCCAAAGCCAGGAGCACUCUAGGCACGGCCACGGGGCGACCCCGUCCAGAGCCUUUCGACCAGUCACUACUCAUGGACCUGACAGAAGAGCAGCUGGACCUGUGUUUCUCAGGGGAGAUCACAGACGACCUCGAGCUCAAACUCAAGGUCAAAGCCCAGGAGUGCUGCCCGGAGGGAAACAGGCACGCUCUGGAUCAGGAUGUCAUGGACAUGAGCAACAUAGGCAAAGCUACCCAAAAUCACAUAUGGUACAUGCUCACGACGAUGACCGAGAGCAGAUUUGACUUGUUUGACAUUGAGGAGGAGACGAGAGUGACUUGGACCAAGAAGGAGGAGGAGGAGAAGGAGGAGGAGACAAAAAAGAAGAACAAGAACAGAAAAAAGGACCCUGGGGGGAGUCGCUGUUUACGGUGACAAGUUGUGUUUGACAUGUUUUCAGCCAACGUGAGCAACUAUAACAAAAUAAAACAACUGUAUGUGACCACCACACCAGAAUACAUCUAUGGUUGUGGUGUUUUGUCUUAUUUUGUGUGUGUGUUUUCUAUGAAAGACAGAAAGAAAGAAAGAAAGAAAGAAAGAAAGAAAGAAAGAAAGAAAGAAAGAAAGAAAGAAAGAAAGAAAGAAAGAAAGAAAGAAAGAAAGAAAGAAAGACUGAUUGGUCAGGCUAAAUGAAAACUAUACCGAACCACCACCCAAAAAAAAAAAGGCAAGACCCGGUCGGUCGGGAGGAAGAAAAGCCGUUGGUCGGGCUAAACGAAAACCAAACCAAAGCAAACCAAACCAAAAAAAAAAAAAAAAGCAAGACCUGGUCGGUCGGGAGGAAGAAGGCCGUCAGUCGGGCUAAACAAAAACCAAACCAAACCAGACCAAAAAAAAAACCAAAGAAGCAAGACCCGGUCGGUCAGGAGGAAGAAAAGCCGGUCAUUGGGGGCGGUUGGUCAGGGUAAACGAAACAAUAAAAACACGACGGUGAACCCCACCGACCCCACCCACCUCCUACACGUGAGAGAGAUUGACUGGAUCUUUUCCCUUAUUCGCGACCAUGGGGCUCUCCUCAGACCCGGAUAGCAGGCCACCAAUAGAGGAUACAACAAGGAGAUGGGGACUGAGGAUGAGCAGGAGGAAGAGGAUAAUAUGUUCAUGCUCAGACCCUGCUCUCGGGACCCGCGAACCCGUCGGGACUGUGGGAGACCCUGAGACUACUGCUGCUACUGCACAACAACAACAACAAUGACAAAAAAAACUUGAAACCUCGUCGGGAACGGGGGAAACGAGACUGCUGCUGCUACUGCACAACAGCAACAGCAGCACCACCGCCAACAACAACAACAACAAAAACAAAAACAACAACAAGAAAAACCUCAAAACCUCGUCGGGAACGGGGGAAAAGAUACUGCUGCUGCUACCACGACUACUGCUGCUGCUACUGCACAACAGCAACCACACCACCAACAAGAAAAACAACAACCUCAGAGCAGAGUCCUAGAACUGAAACGGCCUCCUCUGACCCUCCAGAGUCAGACGAAGGAACCACCGACGUGCGAUGGACACCGCUCCAGCAGCUCGAUCCCCGGGACAGGAGGGGACAAGCCCAACGAGGAGCACAACCGAGCCCGAGGAGCGCGCCCAGCAACGGAGAUGGCGAAGCCCAGUGCCCAGGUUCCCCGGGGAUAAAUGAUGAUGACGACAACAACGGCGAUGAUCUUCACCUCCACCCAGCGCCGGGACCCACAGCCUUUGCCAAAGACGCGGCCAAAGACAAUAGUCUCCACGUUCCUGGCGUUCCUCCACCCGGACAUCCAGGACACGGUGAUCAAAAUGACCAAUCUCAAGGUGGAGGGUAGAGCCCGAGCCCCGGAUGGAUGGAGAGGGAUGGACAGGACGUGGCUUCGAGCGUACCUGGGCUUGCUCAUUCUCUCCGGCAUCUACAGGUCCAGAGGCGAAGCCUGCGAGAGUCUCUGGGAUCCCAACACAGGACGACCACUGUUGCGGUCCAGCAUGUCGCUAAAGACAUUCAGAGCAUACUGUAGCGUGCUACGGUUUGAUGACCGAAGGACCAGACAGUCCAGGCGACGCAUUGGCUCGGACAAGUUGGCUGCCGUGAGACACGUGUGGGACCUGUGGCGAACCAGGUUGCCGGAAAUGUACGUCCCAGGCCCCGAUGUCACCGUAGACGAGAGGCUGGUCCCAUUCAGACGCCGAUGUCCGUUCAGGCAGUACAUGCCCAACAAACCGGCCAGGUACGGGCUCAAGAUAUGGGUCGCCUGCGACGCCAAGUCCAGCUACACGUGGCAGAUGCAAAUGUACCUGGGAAACCCCGACAACUGAGGUCCGCUGGAGAAGAACCUAGCUUGUUGCGUCGUUAUGGACCUGACGCAGGGGCUGGGUUUGGGUAGGACCGUGACAUGCGACAACUUUUUCAUCUCACACCAGCUCGCGGUCUGCCUCUUCAGGAAACGAGGACUCGCCAUGCUCGGUACCCUUUGGCGCAACAGACUUGAAAUCCUGCCGGAAAUGCUCGAUUGGAAGGGCAGGGCGGUGUUCUCCUCGAUGGUCACGACCGCCACGGAGGCGGGAGGAGGAGGAGGAGGAGGCCCUCGGCCUUGACUGAUCUCAUACUUGGCAAAGAAGAACAAAAGCGUCCUCAUUCUCACCAUGGAUCAGAGCGUCGUCGCCGCCGCCGCCCAUCCACCAGGGCUUGCAGGAGGACAAUUACGAGAAGGAGGAGGAAGAGGAGGAGGAGGAGGGAAACCCACUGCCAUUCUCAAGUACAAUCGUACCAAGGGAGGGGUGGACAACCUUGACAAGGUCGUGGCCACCUACAGUUGUAGAAAAAAAAGGUGUCGCUGGCCCAUGGCCUUAUUCCACAACAUAGUGGACAUCUCGGCCUACAACACGUUUGUCGUUUGGCGCGAACUUCACCCCGAAUGGAUGAGUGGAAACUCAAAAAGCAAAAGUUGUUCCUGGAACAGCUGGGCAGGGCCCUGAUUGAGCCUGUGUCAGGCGCAACGAGACCGUCUACUAUCCCCAGGGUGCCAAAGGUCCGCAACAACAAGUUUCCUGCUGCUGCUGCUGCUGCCAGGACGCCACCGCUGCGGCCGCCGGAGCAUGCGGGACAUGCUAAUUUGGUUACCUUCACUUCCUAAAUGUUACUAUGAUGUCAACUUUAUAGAGAACAGCAUGCCUUGGAUUUCUCCUUUAUUUCAAGG